AUGUUUCAUAAAACUAUACUAACCGCUGCAAUACUUCUGGGGGCUUGUAUAUCAAUUCAGAUCAGUGAUGUAAUGUAGAAGCAAAGAUCAUAGCUAGAGUGGAGAUAAGAAGCAACCAAUACUUUCAACCAGUCCAGAUGGAGAUGUUUAUGCCAUUCAGAGUAUCGAAUCCGAAAUGGCAGCAAAGAAGUACUUCGUUUACCUUUACGAUAUCUCAUCCAAUAUCUGGUCACUACCUGA